AUGGUUGCCACUGAUGCAUCCCUGGUGUCAGCUGAACAAAAGAUAAUUACAUUCAACAUUUCACGUAGGAACCCAGCUUAUGGAACAGUUCUUGCUCUUUCUGCACUUGAUUUCGACAUCGAAAAAUCGGCGAUUUUCACUGACGAAAUGCGUAAUGAAAUGAUACUAGAUGGGGUGAAAUAUACAAAUGACGCUUCUAUUGCACGUUUCAUAGUACGCAGUUCUGAUAAAGCGGGUGAUUUAUUUGGUAGGGAUAUUAUUGAGCAAGUUCAGGUUGAUUUUUGGGUGACAAUGGUCGAGCAGUACUUACAGCAUGGUAGCUUAAAAGAUUUGAUGAAAUUAGCUGAAGAAAAAUUAAAAACUAGUCUAUAUUUGUGCCUAAAUCGACGUACGCUUGCGGAUAUUAUGUUAUGGACUGUUAUAGCUGCAGAUGCUAAGAUUCAGCAACAAAAACAUUUUUCAUGUUUUUUCGAAAAUAUGCUACACGAUCCCUUAUUUGCUGAUGCGCAUAAUUUUGUUGGCAGAUUUCAAGUAGGGGAUCCAGAAAAGUUAGAAAGGAGGAAUAUGGAAUCGAAAAUCAUGACGACUACUGAAGGCCAAAAUAGGACAGCGAAAAGUGCUGAGGAGAAGAAAGUGAAAGAGCAAAUAAAGGAUGAGGGUAAAUUUAUAGAAUUGCCAGGUGCAGAAAAAGGAAAAGUGGUAGUUCGGUUUCCACCUGAAGCUAGUGGGUAUUUACACAUCGGACAUGCUAAAGCAGCUCUUUUAAAUCAGUAUUAUCAGCAAACUUUUGAAGGAAAAUUGAUUAUGCGAUUUGAUGAUACGAAUCCAGCUAAAGAGAAUGCACAUUUUGAGCAGGUGAUUUUGGAUGAUCUAAAAAUGUUGGAAGUGAAGCCGGAUAGGUGGACGCACACAUCUGAUCAUUUUGACUUGAUAUUAGAAAUGUGUGAACGUUUGUUACAAGAGGGAAAAGCAUAUGUUGAUGAUACGGACGCUGAGUUGAUGAGAAAGGAACGCGAAGAACGUAAGGAAAGCCGGUGCCGUAACAAUACUCCGGAGCAAAAUUUGGCGCUAUGGGAAGAAAUGAAAAAAGCGACUAUAAAAGGACAAAAAUGUUGUGUUCGAAUCAAAAUUGACAUGCAAAACAACAACGGCGCAAUGCGUGAUCCAACAAUUUAUCGCUGUAGAGCGGAAACGCAUAUUCGAACUGGAAACAAAUAUAAAGUUUAUCCGACAUACGAUUUUGCAUGUCCUAUAGUGGACAGUAUUGAAGGUGUCACACAUGCUCUUCGUACUACAGAGUACACAGAUCGCGAUGAGCAGUACUAUUUUAUUUGUGAUGUAUUAGGAUUAAGAAAACCAUAUAUUUGGUCAUAUGCUCGAUUAAAUAUGACAAAUACGGUGAUGAGCAAGCGAAAACUUACAUGGCUUGUCGAUGAACAUUAUGUGGACGGAUGGGAUGAUCCACGACUGCCAACUGUGCGAGGUGUGAUGCGACGCGGAUUAACGGUUGAAGGCUUGAAGCAGUUUAUUGUUGCUCAAGGUAGUAGCCGUGCCAUUGUUAUGAUGGAAUGGGAUAAAAUCUGGUCCUUUAAUAAAAAAGUGAUUGAUCCAGUUGCUCCUCGUUAUACUGCUCUUGCUUGUGCAGAAAACCUUGUUCAAGUAACGGUUAUGGAUAACUUGGUUGAAGAAUCAAAGAAAGUGUCAUUACAUCCGAAGAAUGCUGAAGUUGGAACAAAAAUUGUUUGGUAUAGUAAAAAGAUGCUAGUGGAAGAAGUUGAUGCACGAGAAAUGAAAAUUGGUGAUUCAGUGACAUUUAUUAAUUGGGGAAAUGUAAAAAUUUGCGACAUAUUGAAAGAUGGUGAUAAGAUAACAGAAAUCAGAGCAAAGCUUGAUUUAGAAAAUAAGGAUUACAAGAAGACAUUAAAAGUAACGUGGAUUGCUGACACAAAGCAAGGACCACAAAUUCCAGUAAAAAUAAUUGAAUAUUCUCACAUUAUCAGUAAGGCUAUUAUUGGGAAAGAUGAAGACUGGAAGCAGUUCGUUAAUUAUAAUUCUAUGAAAUAUCUCGACUUCAUCGGUGAGCCUGCAAUGAAAGAAAUACGUAAAGGUGAUAUUAUCCAGUUGCAACGUAAAGGAUACUAUAUAUGUGAUUUAGCCUACACAUCAAAAAGCGCAUAUUCUGGAUUCGAAGUGCCUAUCAUUUUGAUUCUGAUACCAGAUGGCAGUAAUAAACCUGUUAAAUCAAUUCAAACGGCUACAAAGGAGUUUUCUUCUACCUUAGAAUCGAGGACAACAAACGGUGAAAUUCAUAUAAAUAAAAAUGCAUCAACAGGCGAAGUGGACAUACUUAAGCUUAGUCAACAGAUCAAGGAGCAAGGUGAUUUGGUGAGAUCCUUGAAAGCAGCAGACCCAAAAGGUGUAAAAACUAAGGAAGCAAUUGCUAUUCUUCUGAAUUUGAAAGAAGUUUAUCAAAAAUUAUCCACUGCGGAUAGCAAAGCAGGCAAACUACCCUCAUCAGAAAGUGCCAAAGACUUGUAUCAGAGGAUCGAAGAACAAGGAAAUCUUGUUCGGUCUUUGAAAGCUGCUGAUCCUAAAAGUAAUGAAACUAAAGCUGCUAUAUCAUAUCUAUUGGAUCUUAAAAAACAGUACAAGGAAAGUACUGGUUUGGAAUAUAAGCCGAGAUCAACAAUUUCGUCACAAGAACAAGAGCAAUUGACGGCGGAGCGGAAAAGUAUAGAAGAAUUGUACAAGCAGAUUGAGCAACAAGGCAAUGUAGUUCGUGCAUUGAAAGCUGUGAAUCCAAAAAACGAAGAAACGAAGACAGCGAUAGCGAAGCUUUUGGAUUUGAAACAGAAGUAUAAGGAAAUGACAGGGACGGAAUAUAGACCGGAAAUCGUACCUUUUGCAUCAUGUGAUAAACCGAGAAGUGAUAGCACAAAAUGUAAAGAAACAUUUGCGAGAAAAAUAGCUCAACAAGGCGAUUUAGUGAGGUGUUUGAAAACAAAAGAUGCAAAAGCGCAAGGAACGAAGGAUGCGAUAGCGGAAUUACUGAAAUUGAAGAAACAGUAUAAGGAUGAAUUUGGUGAGGAAUAUGUAGCGAAUACUGCUGACACGAAUACUUCUAUUCCGAAGGUUGCAAUAAUUACGAGUGAAAGAAAUCAAAAAGGUAAUGGUAAAAAAACAAAGAAAGAAGAAGUCGAAUCUAAAAUGGCAGGAACAUCGAUUAAGACGAUGGAGACGAUGAAACAAACAAAACUGGGCCUUGAUGUUAAAAAGGAUGAAAAUUUAGCGGAGUGGUAUUCGCAGAUCAUAACAAAGGCGGAUAUGAUCGAAUAUUACGAUGUGUCAGGUUGUUACAUACUGCGUCCAUGGUCAUUUGCUAUUUGGGAGGUAAUAAAAAAAUGGUUCGACACAGAAAUUAAGAAACUUGGUGUACGCAAUUGUUAUUUUCCGAUGUUCGUUUCACAGAAUGCUCUGCAAAAAGAAAAGGAACACAUCGCUGAUUUUGCUCCAGAGGUUGCUUGGGUAACGCGAGCUGGAAAUUCUGAUUUGAGUGAACCGAUUGCUAUACGUCCAACAAGUGAAACGGUAAUAUAUCCUAGUUAUGCGAAAUGGAUUCAGUCCUACCGUGAUUUGCCCAUUCGUUUGAAUCAAUGGUGCAAUGUUGUACGUUGGGAAUUCAAUCAUCCGACGCCAUUUUUACGAACACGUGAAUUUUUAUGGCAAGAGGGACAUACAGCGUUUCAGACGAAGGAGGAAGCUGAAAAAGAAGUUUUUGCAAUCCUAGAUUUAUAUGAGAAAGUUUACACAGAUUUGCUUGCUAUACCGGUAACAAAAGGUCGAAAAUCGGAAAAAGAAAAAUUUGCUGGUGGUGACUUUACAACUACCGUUGAAGCAUAUGUUCCUAUUAAUGGGCGAGGUAUCCAGGGCGCCACAUCUCAUCAUCUUGGUCAAAAUUUCUCAAAAAUGUUUGACAUUUCGUUCGAGGAUCCGGAAACUGGCAAAAAAACAUUUGCAUGGCAAAAUAGUUGGGGCAUGACAACAAGAACAAUUGGUGCGAUGGUUAUGAUUCAUAGUGAUAAUGAUGGUCUUGUGUUACCUCCGAGAAUUGCACCUGUUCAGGUUUCUAUUUUGUUAAUGUAG